GCUGGGGUCUGGCCCCGGGUGGAGGCGAAGGAGAGGGCGGGGCGGGUUUAAGAGUGGUGGGCCGGUGCGGACGUCCGAGGCGGCGCGGGACAAGCCCAGCUCUUCACCUGGGUCUUCUGUCCGGGCUUUGCAGCCUCAGAAAACCAGCAGGAUGGCCGCAAACAAGAGUAAGGGCCAGAACUCGCUGGCCCUUCACAAGGUGAUCAUGGUCGGCAGCGGAGGGGUGGGCAAGUCGGCCCUGACGCUCCAGUUCAUGUAUGACGAGUUCGUAGAAGACUAUGAACCGACCAAAGCUGACAGUUACAGAAAGAAAGUGGUCCUCGAUGGGGAAGAAGUCCAGAUCGAUAUCCUGGACACGGCUGGGCAGGAGGACUACGCAGCCAUUCGGGACAACUACUUCCGCAGCGGGGAAGGCUUCCUCCUGGUGUUCUCCAUCACAGAGCACGAGUCCUUCACAGCCACUGCCGAGUUCAGGGAACAGAUCCUCCGUGUGAAGGCCGAAGAAGAUAAAAUUCCACUGCUGGUUGUGGGAAACAAGUCCGACCUGGAGGAGCGGAGGCAGGUGCCGGUGGAGGAGGCCAGGAGUAAGGCCGAGGAGUGGGGCGUGCAGUACGUGGAGACGUCGGCCAAGACGCGGGCCAACGUGGACAAGGUGUUCUUUGACCUAAUGAGAGAAAUCAGAGCAAAGAAGAUGUCAGAAAACAAAGACAAGAAUGGCAAGAAAAGCAGCAAGAACAAGAAAAGUUUGAAAGAACGAUGUUGCUUACUGUGAAUGCCAUGACGGUGGACGAGCGGGUGGCCACCCAGGACAGAGGGCAGGCUCCUUAAGAGGAGACUCCAGUCGACCAGCAUUGCCUGCUCUCUCCAGCCUCAUUCACACAUGCUUCGGUAAAUGGGGAAAAAUAUUAGUGAAUCGGUGGCUGGCAGAAGGACUAAGCCCUUGACCGUGCAAUGGAAUGGCUGCUUCGUCAGGAGGUUUCAGAGUUUCCUCCUUCCUUCGUGCUUCCCUCCCUUCCUUCCCGAGGUUAACCACAUACGUGGUGCUAUAGGUAGGAAAUAGCCAGGCAUUAGUUAAAAAGAAAAAAGAUUGUCGUCGCAUCUUAUGUUUUUGCCUAGUUUUGUAACAUUAGUAUCUUUUGUUUUGAAAUAAAAAUGUCUUAUUUUGUUAGGUCUUGGGAGACAGGGGGUGGGGCGAGACUCGUCCCACCCUUGUCGGCUCAACAGUAGUACCCGGGAAAAUCCAUCAGGUUCUAGAUGCUGGAGAAGUCAGGGAUUUGGGAGAUGAGUCUCCUGGCAAUACCCUGUGGAUCUGAAACAGAGCUAAAAAAAAAAUCUGAAUUGGGCCGAACAGGUCAAAACCAAGCUCA